CGCAGGUCUGGGGCCCGACUGGGAAACCUAGGGCGCCGCGCACCUACCCCAGUCGUGCGAGAGCGCCGUUGCGGGGCCUGCGAUCGACUGCGCGCCCCAGCUGCGACCAAAAAGUCCUUAUUUUCUCUUCUCCUGGAGAGAGGCAUGGCUCGGUCGGUGCUGAAGCCUGCAGCCCGUCUGGUCGCCAGAGUUCUUGCACCAAAGGACCUUCCCACUCACCUUCCCUCUGGGGCAAUGUGAGGCCAGUUAGAAACCCCAGGCUCCCGAGAGAGCCAGGUAGCAUCCCAUUUUCCUCCCUUGGGGCCCCCUGCGGGCAGCCCAGGGCUCUGCAUUGUUAGGACUGGAUUACAAGAAGUUCGGGGACGGCUGCUGCUCAGAUUCGGACUCCUGAGGAGCCGCCCCAACCCCAGGCUCGGAUUCCACUCCCGUGACGGUCGAGACGCCUUGCUAGUGUCCUCUCAUCGGGAACUGGAUCAUUCAGAGCGAUUAUGAGUCACAAAGCCGUAGGGCCUUGGGGUGAGCACCACGGGGUGGGGUGGGGGGGUCAGGGCCCCCCACCCCACCCCGAGGCAGGGUGACGCCCGCGGUCACUUCACAAGGCAGAAAUUGUUACCUGGGCAAUAAAAGGCACCGCAGAGGCGGGGGCCGGGGAGUGGGCACAUGGGGGUGCGGGUGUGCAGGUGCCAAGCGCCAUGGGUUAGGCCCGAGAUCGGAGUCCGGCCGCCCCCCGACAGCAGCCGCCUCCUGCUCCCCACGCGCCCCAGGCGCCACCAUGUCGGGCGACAAGCUUCUGAGCGAACUCGGCUAUAAGCUGGGCCGCACGAUAGGAGAGGGCAGUUACUCCAAGGUAAAGGUGGCUACGUCCAAGAAAUACAAGGGCACAGUGGCCAUCAAGGUGGUGGACCGGCGGCGCGCACCGCCCGACUUUGUUAACAAGUUCCUGCCACGCGAGCUGUCCAUCCUAAGGGGCGUGCGGCACCCACACAUCGUGCACGUCUUCGAAUUCAUCGAGGUGUGCAACGGGAAGUUGUACAUCGUGAUGGAGGCGGCCGCCACCGACCUACUGCAGGCAGUGCAGCGAAACGGGCGCAUCCCCGGGGGGCAGGCUCGCGACCUCUUCGCGCAGAUCGCCGGUGCCGUGCGCUACCUACACGACCACCACCUGGUGCACCGCGACCUCAAGUGCGAAAACGUGCUGCUGAGCCCUGAUGAGCGCCGCGUCAAGCUCACCGACUUCGGUUUCGGCCGUCAGGCUCACGGAUACCCCGAUCUGAGCACCACCUACUGCGGCUCUGCCGCCUACGCGUCGCCCGAGGUACUGCUGGGCAUCCCCUACGACCCCAAGAAGUACGACGUGUGGAGUCUGGGCGUCGUGCUCUACGUCAUGGUCACCGGCUGUAUGCCCUUCGACGACUCGGACAUCGCCGGCCUGCCCCGACGCCAGAAGCGCGGCGUUCUCUACCCCGACGGCCUCGAGCUGUCCGAGCGCUGCAAAGCACUGAUAGCCGAAUUGCUGCAGUUCAGUCCGUCGGCCAGGCCCUCCGCGGGCCAAGUAGCGCGCAAUGGCUGGCUGCGUGCGGGGGACUCCGGCUAGAAGCCGGGGUUCCCACCGUUCCCGCCGCGCCGAGCAUUGCGCAAGAGCAGGGCACGCGCAAGAAGCGCGCUUCCGUAGUUCCGCGAAGCCGCCGCGCACCGCUGUGCACGCGCCCUUCCCCCUUCCCUACUUCGACGCCGGGGGCCGCGGUCGCCCCUGUUUGGAAUUCAACUACUCCAACACGAUCCCAAGAGCAGGAGGGCGCAUGCGCUCCCUCGGUUCCCGGCGAGAAGGCCCCAGGAGGGGGCCAGAUGAGAGGAGACAGAAACAUUGCGCCGGUGCAGGGUGAGCGACCGCUACGCGGUGGGCGGUGGCUGCUUGGAGAAGCUGCUGGCUAGCGGACGCCCGCGGAGGACGUCCAUCCACAGCCAGCUUCGCGUACCGGUGAGGGAAGGCGCGCUCCAGGCGCUGCCCUCCUUGGAACUUGCAAUAAACUCGCUCUUUCUCGCACCUAGCUCUAGCAAUGGCCCCCUUUUAUGGAGCAGUGGGGAGGGGAUCACUCCCGGGGGAAAGGCAGGCACGGGCACCCCAUUUUAAAGAGACUUGUGGAGGUUCUUGCUCCAGGUCUGAAAAGGGAGUUAGGAGGAUUCGAACUUUCGGGCUUCCCAUCCUGGGCUGACUCGAAGGGGCCUUGGUGUCAUCCUCAGCAACGUAAUGGCCCUGGGAAAGGAGGUGCUGGGUUGGGGAGCAAGGACCCCAGCACCUUUCUGGUGUUUAAGGAUGGGACAGCAAGGGGCCGGGGGCGCCUGUCCAGACAGAAGGUGUUUACAAAAGAGGAAAUUGAGGCCCACACUUGCCCAAAAACAGCCCGGAUUGGCACCCCGAUAUGUCUGAAGUGGGGUGGGGAGGUGCUGGAAGCUCUCCUUGGCGAGGAAGGGGUUAGGCCCCUUCCUUGGUGAGGCAAAGGAAUCUGCCGGGUUCAUUCUUUUUUAGUUGUAGAACAGUUACUUUACAAUAUUAUGAUGAUUUUCAUGCCAUUCACCAACACGAAUCGACCAUAGGUGUACACGUCCCCUCCCUCCUGCACCCCCUGUCGCACUGGUGGUUUCACUCAUGCUGUUCAUUCAGGCAUUUUUUGAGCAGCUGCUGUGUGCAAAGGCACUGGGACACAGCCAAGUGGCUUGGAUCCAUCCGUGCUCCCAGCAAGGGAGCAAGUGGAAAGUAAAAGAAUGGCGUGAACAUAAAAUAAUUGUAAGUUGUGCUAAAUGCCAGGUGGGGGUGAGCAAGGAGGGACUGAAGGGAAGGAAUCAAACACUGGAAACAUCAGGAGUGUUCCCAAGAGAGGAUGGAGCUGGUGUGUUUGAGUAAUGCUAGGAACUGCUGUAGCUGGAAUGGAGGGAAAGGAGGCAGAGAGGUAAAAGGGGUGGGUCUGGUGUCUGGAGAGGGACCCCACAGGGUCUGGGGGAGGCUGGGGGUUGUUUUGCUUGUGAUGAGGUUACUGAGUUUAGUGACAGUGGCUGUUGUCAUUCGGGUGUACGAGAAACAGCUCCCUAGGUGCUUACCCUGUCUGCCUCCACCAGAGCCCAAGUCCCUGACAAGAGUGGUCAGUUUCUGGGUCUGACCAAAACCCACCCCUGCUCCCUCACCCUCAGUGGCUCUCAGGUGCCUUGGGGAUUAUGUGCCAGCUCUCCCUCCACUCCCUUCAAAUCGGGUGUGGUCCCAACCACCUCCUUUUACAGAGCAAGAAACAGGGUGAGAAGAGGGAAAUGUCUUGCUCACUCAGAAUGAAACCCACAUCCUUUGCCCUUGCCCCUGCGUUGCGUGGUCUCACCUCUGAGCAUUUGCACAGGCUGACACCACUCCCAGCGCUUUUCCCUUCUCCUCAUGCAAGACUUGGCCUGAAAAAGGUCACCUCUCAAGAGGCCCCAUUCUUUCCCUCCUCACCCCCCUCACCAGGUGUGAUCCCAAUGAUGGGGGUGUGGCACAUGCCCUUUUGUGCCCCCUCAUCACUGUGUGUAAGCAGUGGGCCUGGGGGUCCUUCCCCUCGUGGCCACACCCGUGACUCAAGUGAAAAGGGGAUAGGGUCUCAGGGACCAGGCUGGUGGCCCUGCCUCCAGGGAGGAGCCUGGGUGCCUGACCCAGCAGGCUCCCUUGCAGAGGGGCCUGUGGAACCCCAGACGUGGGCUUCUGCCAGUGUUGGGGGGCGUGGGUGC